CGUGGGGCGCGAAGAGCUUUUCGAACUGUUUACUGUUAGCAAGUGGGUAUUGCCGUGCUGGUUCCCGUGACUCAUAUCCUCGUUUUAUACGCGCUCUCGCUGCACUGAGCUCAGACACAUCACGAUGUCUGACGGAGACGGACCCGAAUCGGGUACCGGGGCAGAGCCGGACCCGGAGCCCGUGUCUGCUCAGGUCUCCAUACCUUCAACGGACAGCCAAAAACAGAGCAUCGGAGUGCUUAUGAAGACAACGCUCCGCAAGGGAGAUGAAUGGUUCUUGAUUGACAGCAGGUGGUUUAAGCAGUGGAAGAAAUAUGUGGGCUUUGACAGCUGGGAUAUGUACAAUGUUGGAGAACAGAGCCUUUAUCCAGGGCCUAUUGACAACUCAGGACUUUUCUCAGACCAGGAGACCCAGGCCUUGAAAGAGCACCUUAUAGAUGAGCUGGACUAUGUUUUGGUGCCCACCGAGGCCUGGCAGAAGCUGGUCUCUUGGUACGGGUGUCUGCAGGACCAACGCCCCAUCGUCAGGAAGGUGGUGGAGCAUGGCAUGUUUGUCAAGCACUGUAAAGUGGAGGUCUACCUGCUGGAGCUCAACCUCUGCGAGCACAAAAACAUGGACAAUGUGGUGACAAAACACUUCAGCAAGGCUGACACCAUAGACACAAUUGAGAAGGAGAUGAGGUCACUCUUCAGCAUCCCACCGGAGAAGGAGACACGCCUGUGGAACAAGUACAUGAGCAACACGUACGAGCAACUGAGCAAACCGGACAGCACGGUGCAGGACGCCGGUCUCUUCCAGGGACAGAUGCUGGUGAUCGAACAGAGGAACGAUGACGGCACGUGGCCCAGGCAAGCCCCGCAUUCACAGUCCAGCAUAACGUCGCGGAACUUCACUACCUCUCCAAAGCUCUCCUCCAACUCCUCAGCCAACAUCUCAUCAACAGUGACCAACGGCGACAGCAGCAGCAACUCCAUCUACUCCCUAAACAACAGCACCUCCUCUGACAACAGGCUGGGAGGCUACAACUCCUACAGCUCCUCAUAUGUGUAUCGAGAGUCCCAGCCAGGCCUAUGUGGACUCAGUAACCUUGGCAACACGUGCUUCAUGAACUCUGCCCUCCAGUGCUUGAGCCACGCCUCCCCGCUCACAGAGUACUUCCUGGAUGACCAGUACGAAGCGGAGAUAAACCGGGAGAACCCGCUGGGAAUGAGGGGCGAGAUCGCCGAGGCGUACGCCGAUCUGGUCAAGCAGAUGUGGCUCAGUCGCAGCAGUUAUGUGGCUCCCCGCACCUUCAAGACCCAAGUGGGUCGCUUCGCCCCGCAGUUCUCAGGGUACCAGCAGCAGGACUCGCAGGAGCUGCUGGCCUUCCUGCUGGACGGACUCCAUGAGGACCUCAACCGUGUCAAAAAAAAGCCUUACUUGGCUCUGAGGGAUGCUGAGGGCAGGCCUGACGAGAUAGUAGCCAAGGAAGCAUGGACGAACCACCGCCUGCGCAACGACUCCAUCAUCGUAGACAUCUUCCACGGCCUCUUCAAAUCCACUCUGGUCUGCCCAGAGUGCUCUAAGAUCUCGGUGACCUUUGACCCUUUCUGCUACCUCACGCUGCCUCUGCCUAUGAAGAAGGACCGCACGAUGGAGGUCUUCCUGGUCCGUGCAGACCCCAUGUCUAGACCCAUGCAGUACAGGGUGGUGGUCCCCAAGCUGGGCACUGUGGCGGACUUGUGUGGUGCAUUGUCCAAGCACUCCGGAAUCCCCGCGGAGAAUAUGGUCGUGGCAGAUGUUUACAACCACCGAUUCCAUAAAAUCUACAGGAAGGACGAUGGCCUCAACAACAUAAUGGAGAAAGACGACAUCUUUGUGUAUGAGGUGGGCGACGAAGGAGCGGAAACGAUCCACCUACCCGUGUACUUCAGGGAGAGGCACACAAAGCACGUCGGGGGCUCCACGGGCGCCCUGCUCUUCGGCCAGCCGCUGCUCAUCACCGUCCCCAAGCAAAACCUCCCCGUCGACGUUCUCUAUGAGAAAGUGCUGGAGAGGAUCGGGCGCUACGUGAAGCGACCGCAGGGCUCCGUCGGCGACGGGAGGACCUCGGCCCUGGCCUCCAGCAGCGCCGGCAGCAGCAGCCAGGCGGCGGAGGCCAACACGGCAUCCGGCUGCAACUCGGACCUGCACGGCCGCAGCGGCUGCCCCUCUGAGGCGGCCUCUUGCAGCGCGGGGUCGGCCAGCGGCGGCAGCCAGCAGGGGCAGCAGACCUGCAACGGCCCCAACGGGAUGUGUGGAGACGAAGAGGAAGCCAUGGAUCAUCAGGUUAGCCCGGAGCCUGAGUACAGCCAAUCAGAUGACUCCGUGGGCGGAGAAGAGGAAGAGGAGGAAGAUGAGGAGGAGGAAGGAGAGGACCUAGAGAACGGCCCCUCUGGCAGUGUGGCCAAGUCCACAAGUUCAGAGCCAAAACUAUUCUCCUUCAGCAUGGUGAACUCUUACGGAACAGCCAACAUUGGGCUGUUGCCCAGCGACGGAAACGUUCUCAAACUCAAUGCACAUUCCACCGUGGCAAUCAACUGGGACUCGGACAUGAAGAAAUUAUAUUACGAUGAGCAGGAAGCAGAGGCAUAUGAGAAGCACGAGAGCAUGCUACAACAGCAGAAGAAGAAGACCACAGUGGCUCUGAGGGAAUGCAUCGAACUCUUCACCACCAUGGAGACACUUGGAGAGCAUGACCCCUGGUACUGCCCCACCUGUAAGAAGCACCAGCAGGCCACAAAGAAAUUUGACCUCUGGUCCCUGCCCCGAAUCCUGGUAGUGCACCUCAAGCGCUUCUCCUACAACCGCUGCUGGAGGGACAAGCUGGACACCGUGGUGGACUUCCCCAUUAGAGACUUGAACAUGUCGGAGUUUGUGUGCGACCCAAAGGCUUCACCUUACGUUUAUGACCUCAUUGCCGUGUCCAACCACUACGGUGGAAUGGGUGGAGGGCACUACACAGCCUUUGCCAAGAAUGAGGUCGAUGAUAAGUGGUAUUACUUUGAUGACAGCAGCGUCUCUGCCGCCACAGAGGAUCAGAUUGUGACAAAAGCAGCCUACGUCCUGUUUUACCAACGCAGAGAUGUGGACACGCCCACAAAGACUCCUCCCUCCACUGCUUCCUCAGGCGGAGGCUCUGAGACAGGGGACGACCACAUGGACACCAACUGAGUGGCCAGAGAAGUUCAGGGAUGCGUACUAAAGAAAGCCCAAACAAGAUAAUGCACAUACCCACCUACUAGGUCUCUGCUUCAGUCAACAUGAUAUCUCUCCAUGGCUUCUCAUUCUUAUUUACUUCACGUACGUUGUCUCCAAUAGGUAAAAGAAACCCUUAGAAUUAAUCUGAGACCCUGAAGACUCCAUAGCUGGAACCUGCAGCCCGCUGAUGAGUUAACGACAUUUACUGGUUUGUGGAAGGAGGGUAAAGGGCCAAAUAAUCCCUCAUUGGACCACCAGAAUGUUAAGAAGUUGCCUAAAUGUGUGGAUAAAAUCAUGUUUCUGUUACUGGCUAAGGAAGCUUGAAAAUAAUUGUUUAAAAAAAGCCAAAUGCAUACAUCCUCUCAAC